GAAGGGCGGCCCUGAAGCCUGCAGCAGAGCCAGCUCCGCAGCCACGGUCCCUUCAGCCUCCCUGCCGCUCCCCAACGGUCCAGACCCACCGGCCCUCCCCAACUGGAGGUGCUCUCGACAGGGAAGCUCAGGCACUUGCCAGUCCUCAUGUCGGCCACCUCAGGGCCCAGCGUGGUGCCCACCAGGGACGUGGGAGAGAUCUACAACUGGACGGAGCUGCUCCACUUCUUCAACCACACCCUGCCCGAGUGCCACAUGGAGCUCAACGAGAACACCAAGCGCGUAGCCCUCUUUGUGCUCUACCUGGCCAUCUUCGUGGUCGGGCUGGUGGAGAACCUCCUGGUGAUCUGUGUCAACUGGCGGGGCUCGGCCCGCGCGGGGCUGCUGCGUCUCUACGUGCUCAAUAUGGCCAUCGCUGACCUGGGCAUCAUCCUGUCUCUGCCCGUGUGGAUGCUGGAGGCCACGCUGGACUACACCUGGCUCUGGGGCAGCUUCUCCUGCCGUUUCACCCACUAUUUCUACUAUGCCAACAUGUACAGCAGCAUCUUCUUCCUGGUGUGCCUCAGCGUGGACCGCUACGUCACCCUCACCAAUGCCUCUCCCUCCUGGCAGCGCCACCAGCACCGAGGGCGCCGGGCCGUGUGUGCCGGGGUCUGGGUCCUCUCGGCCCUCAUCCCGCUGCCCGAGGUGGUCCACAUCCGGCUGGUGGACAGCUUUGAGCCCAUGUGCCUCUUCAUGGCACCUUUUGAAACAUACAGCACGUGGGCCGUGGUGGUGGCCCUGUCCACCACCAUCCUGGGCUUCCUGCUGCCCUUGCCCCUCAUCGCCAUCUUCAACGUGCUGACGGCCCGCCGGCUCCGGCAGACAGGACAGCCCGAGGGCCGGCGCCACUGCCUGCUGGUGUGCGCCUACAUAGCCGUCUUUGUCAUCUGCUGGCUGCCCUACCACCUGACCCUGCUGCUGCUCACACUCCACGGCACCCACAUCUCCCUCCACUGCUACCUGGCCCACCUGCUCUACUUCUUCUACGACAUCAUUGACUGCUUCUCCAUGCUCCACUGUGUUGUCAACCCCAUCCUCUAUAACUUCCUCAGCCCGAGCUUCCGGGGCCGGCUCCUCAACGCCGUGGUCCAUUACCUUCCCAAGGUCCAGGCCAGGGAGGGCAGACAUGCCUCCUCCUCCUCCUCCUCCUCCACCCAGCAUUCCAUCAUCAUCACCAAGGAGGGCAUCCAGGCCCCUGCAGCCGGCCCCCACCACCACCCAAGCCUGAACUUCCAGGCAGCAAACACCCCACCCACCUCCGCUCCCCAGUCUCUUGUAGCCAGCUGAGGAAGGGUCCAGUGCCCUCCACCAGUGAAGCAGAAAGCUGGAAGUAGGUGAGAGAUCUGCGUGGGGGGGCGGGGGGGAGCAUGGGAGCAGGUCAGAGCGCUCAUGGCCAAUAUUGAGUAUGUCUUCAAAUAUUGAGGUGGGGAUGGGGAGGGAGGCAGGCGGGGGAAGAGAGCAGAUCCUGGGCGUUGUACUAUUUGAAACCAUCCCUGUGCCGAAGGGAGAGAUGUAGGGGAAAAGGUGAAAUAAAGAAUAGAGAGAGACACGA